UACAACAUCUCUGCCAUCGGCUCUCAGGGCAGACAACACACCAAAGAAUUCGUUCAGGAAUUCAAAUUAGAGACCGGAAUCGAUGGACACGACUUCUCUGUCUAUCGUGACAGGAACGGCAACAUUAAGGUUAAUAUACGCUGUCCUAUGGGGUCGCCCACACGGAUCGGUGGACACCUCCCCUGUCCGUCCUGUUGGACAGCAGAAAGGGGUGACUUUUUGCAGCACUUGACCAUUGAUUUGGGAAAUACUUAUAACAUAACGGCGAUCGCGAUUCAAGGCAGAGCUUUCACUAAUGAAUACAUUAGUCAAUACUAUCUGUUACUCAGCGAUGGCGGAGACUUCUGGAGAAUGGCUUACUCUGACUCCGAGGGCUAUGAGCAGGCAUUCACUCCUUACUAA